UUCCCUGAACACCAUAGAUAUCCUGAGGUAUCCCCUGAUCAUCUUUGUGGUGGGGGGGCCCGGCUGCGGGAAAGGGACACAGUGCAGAAACAUGGCUAUGAAAUAUGGCUUCUACCACGUGGAGCUGGGCCAGCUGCUGCGGGAGGAGGCUCACAGAAGCACCCAGAGGGGCCGGCAGAUCCGGGACAUCAUGCAGAAGGGACUCCUGUUACCCACGGGUCUCAUUCUGGACAUGGUCACUGACAACUUGUUGUCUUAUCCAAAGAGCCGUGGCUUCCUCAUCGAUGGCUUCCCCAGAGAGCUGCAACAAGCCAAAGAAUUUGAGCGCAUUGUGGGCAGGGCCCCCAACAUAGUCAUAGUGUUUGACUGCUCCAUGGAGACCAUGGUGCGCAGAGUGCUACGACGAGGACAAGUGGAGCACCGGGCAGAUGACUCAGAGCAGACCAUCCGCCAGCGCCUAGAGACGCACUACACGCUAUGUGAGCCUGUCCUGACCUUUUACCAGCAAAAGAACCUUCUGCGAUAUAUAUUGGCUGAAGAAGCCCCUGAAAGCAUCUUUGCCAAGUGCUGUUCGGUCAUUGCGAGUCUGCAGUGA